AUGUCGCGUGUCGUACUCUCAUUAAUUUGCAGAAAAAAAGAAGAAAAAAUUGCAAAAAAGACGUUACACUCAUUCUCUCACCGCAGUCAACCAACCUCACCUUCUCGUUUGACUCGUGCCCAACCAGUAAAAAAAGCCAAGAACCUCGCGCUGCUGCGAUCGAUCACUCACAAACAAUGGGGUCGUGUUAUCAUCUUUGCCUCUUUAACUACGGCCGAGAAGACGGAUUCACGGGCUCUUUUGAUUUCUGACCUUACAUCUGGGAAAAGGCACUCUGAAGAAUACUGUGCAAUGUAUGAUAUAUGUGGAGAACGCAGCGACGGGAAAGUCCUGAAUUGCCCUUACGGUUCUCCCUCUGUGAAGCCUGAUGAGCUAUUUUCUGCCAAAAUCCAAAGUUUGUGUCCAACAAUAAGUGGGAAUGUUUGUUGCACGGAGCUUCAGUUUGAAACAUUGCGGGCACAGGUUCAACAAGCAAUUCCAUUUCUGGUAGGGUGUCCAGCAUGCUUGAGGAACUUCCUAAAUCUUUUUUGCGAGCUUUCUUGCUCUCCAAGUCAGAGUCAGUUUAUCAAUGUGACCUCUGUGUCUGAGGUUAAUGGCAAUAUGACUGUGGACGCCAUUGAUUUUUACAUAGCUGACACUUUUGGAGAAGGGCUGUACAACUCUUGCAAGGAUGUUAAGUUUGGAACUAUGAACACACGGGCAAUAGAAUUUAUUGGGGCUGGUGCUAAAAACUUUGAAGAAUGGUUUGAUUUUAUUGGUGAGAAAGCAGCCCUCGGUUUCCCUGGUUCACCUUAUGCCAUUGACUUUAAGUUGACUGUUCCGGAGUCAUCUAGAAUGGAGCUCAUGAAUGUGUCCGUUUAUUCAUGUGCUGACACUUCACUGGGCUGCUCUUGUGGUGAUUGCCCGUCAUCUCAAGAGUGUUCUAAUCCUGAACCUCCUCAACAGAAGAAAGAGCCAUGCUCCAUCAGAAUUCUAUCUUUUGAGGUAAAGUGCAUUGACUUUUCUGUUGCCAUAUUGUAUAUUCUCUUAAUUUCUGCUUUCUUCGGUUGGGGCUCGUUUCACCGGACAAGUGAAAGGAGGAGAGUUGAAUCUAGCAAGGAACCAUUGUUGAAUGUCAUUCACGAUGAUGGCAUUGGCUCUGUUAACUUGCAAAAGGAUGAAAGUGUUGUCACAAAGUGGAACGGAAGUCUACCAACCCUGGAUUAA